AUGGCCCGCUCCAUGAGCGUCCUCCCCAUGGUGCUGUUGGCGCUGGGCGCCUGGAUGUUGAGCUCCUUGACCAGCCAGAGCGGCUUCGUCAUGAACAGCGCCACCCCAAGGGGCAGCAAGGUGGCCAUGAGGGGAUUCAAGGAUGACUUCUAUGCCUGGAAGGAGACCUUGAGCUCGGAAGAUCAGGCACUCUUGCUGAAGCAGGCUCAGAACGAGUUCAACAAGAAGUUCCGCGCUUCGGAUGAGUUCAAGAAGAGCGUCUCAGAAGACAAGAUCGAAUCCUUCGGAAAGGUCUUGCAGAAGUUCUUCGACAACGAGCGAGAGGACUACAAGAAGGAUGUGGCCAUGAAGACCCCCGACUAUGAUGCCCUGCAGAAGAAGGCUAAUCAGGUGGCCUAUGACUUCAGCCUCAAGCGCGCCGUCAUCGAAGUGGACCGCGAUGCGGACCGCCGCUGGUCCUUCGCCACGGACAAGAUGAAGCUGGCCGAAGACAAGGAUGAGGUCGCCCCCAACUCGGCUCCUUUGGAGGAAGUGUAUUUGUUCGCCAAUGAUGGUGAGAACCACACCAACAACGUGAAGCAGCUGGAGAACAUGAAGAAAGCCCUGGAGGAUUCUUCUGCACCAGCAGAUGCAGCCAAGCUGAAGAAGAUGCUUGAUGGCUUUAAGAUCCCCGCUGCCGGCGAGGAUUUCACUGUCAAGUUGCCUCGCAAGCUCAUCGAUGAUCUGAAAGCCACGGCUGGUGGCAUCGCUGCUCAGAAGGAAGGCAAGUCGGACAGCGAGUUGGAUGAGAUGUGGUGGAAGCAGGCUGGGGAGCUGGUGGCCGGCUACUACAAGCAGCGCGAGGAGGUGGAGAAGGACGUGGAAGGCCUCAAGAAGUUCUUCCGAUCGCAGAAGGACAUGCCUGGAAAGACCAAGGCAGACAUCGUGAAGCAGAUCUGGAAGGAGCUGCCGAAGCACAUGGACACCCCGGUGGCUCCCUUGGAUGAGGAGAUGCUGGUGGACUUGGCCAAGGAGCCUGCUGUCAUUGAAGGUGAGUUCAAGCACAGCUGGGGUACUGCCGAGAAGCUCUACAAGUCCGAGGCCAUCGAUUCCUUCGGCAACCGCUACCUGCUGGGCGUCUUUGAGAACAAGGCCGAUGCCGAGAAGGCCUUCGAUGCCUGGAACAAGGAGUACGAGCAGGCUGGCAAGGACGUGAAGGAGAACUUGAAGAACUGGGCCAAGCAACAGGAAGCCGAGCUUGCCGAGGAGCAAGACUCUGUGGAUCGUAUCCGCAAGGCCCUGGAAGAAGCACGACUUUUUCCCCCGGCGUCGCGCGGCCAGCGCGACAGUGUCGGAGACCGUCUACACUACGUGUCUAGCAUCGCGCGGCCAGCGCGAAACAGUAGCCGCUUGAAGACGGCUGCUGCAGUAGGUCCUGCCCACAUCCCAGCAACCCAGCUCGUUGAUGGUCGAUGCAUUUCGGCUCAGUUCUUCAGUUUGAUCGGCAGAGCGCCAGUUUUGAGAUUGUUGCACCAUGUCCCGCUCCAUGAGCCUCCUCCCGAUGGUGCUGUUGGCGCUGGGGGCAGCAAGGUGGCCAUGAGGGGUUUCAAGGACGACUUCUAUGCCUGGAAGGAGACUUUGAGCUCCGAAGAUCAGGCACUCUUGCUGAAGCAGGCUCAGAACGAAUUCAACAAGAAGUUCCGCGCUUCGGAUGAGUUCAAGAAGAGCGUCUCAGAGGACAAGAUCGAGUCCUUCGGAAAGGUCCUGCAGAAGUUCUUCGACAACGAGCGCGAGGACUACAAGAAGGACGUGGCAAUGAAGACCCCGGACUACGAUGCCCUGCAGAAGAAGGCGAACCAGGUGGCCUACGACUUCAGCCUCAAGCGCGCGGUCAUCGAAGUGGACCGCGAUGCGGACCGCCGCUGGUCCUUCGCCACGGACAAGAUGAAGCUGGCUGAAGACAAGGACGAGGUCGCCCCCAACUCCGCGCCUUUGGAGGAGAUGUACCUGUUUGCCAAUGAUGGUGAGAACCACACCAACAACGUGAAGCAGCUGGAGAACAUGAAGAAAGCCAUGGAGGAGAAGUUUCAACCACCGCGCCUAGGGCCUAGGUGUGAUGCUUCUGCCCCAGCUGAUGCGGCCAAGAUCAAGAAGAUGUUGGAUGGUUUCAAGAUCCCAGCGGCUGGUGAGGAGAUUCUCAGUUUGGAAGACUUUGCCGUGAAGCUUCCCCGCAAGCUGAUCGAUGACUUGAAGAACACCGCCGGCGGCAUUGCGGCCACUUGGUGGAUGCUGGCGGUCAACUUCUGUCGGAGCACCAAGGCUCAGAAGGAAGGCAAGUCGGACAGCGAGUUGGAUGAGAUGUGGUGGAAGCAGGCUGGGGAGCUGGUGGCCGGCUACUACAAGCAGCGCGAGGAGGUGGAGAAGGAUGUGGAAGGUUUGAAGAAGUUCUUCCGAUCGCAGAAGGACAUGCCAGGCAAGACCAAGGCGGACAUCGUGAAGCAGAUCUGGAAGGAGCUGCCCAAGCACAUGGACACCCCGGUGGCUCCCUUGGAUGAGGAGAUGUUGGUGGACUUGGCCAAGGAGCCUGCUGUCAUUGAAGGCGAGUUCAAACACAGCUGGGGCACUGCUGAGAAGCUCUACAAGUCCGCCAUUGAUUCCUUUGGCAACCGCUACCUGCUGGGCGUCUUCGAGAACAAGGCCGAUGCCGAGAAGGCCUUCGAUGUCUGGAACAAGGAGUACGAGCAGGCUGGAAAGGACGUGAAGGAGAACUUGAAGAACUGGGCCAAGCAGCAGGAAGCCGAACUGGCCGAGGCGCGUUGGUUUUCUGAUUGUAGCCUUCCAAACAAAAGAGAUAGGAUAUAG